AUGGUUACCGGCAAGUCGCACCCGGGUGUCGAUUCCAUGCACCGGCUUCCCCCCACCGCCGCCCACCCCGAAGCUAUCGCGACCUCGCCGCCUUCCAAACGAGAUUUGGCAUCCUGGUGGAGGCAGUUCAAGAGAAAUACAAGGAAGGAGGAACCGAAAGAAAAACCCCAAGGCAUCUUCGGCGUCCCUCUCAACGUCAGCAUUAAAUACGCCAACGUCGCCAUCUCUCUCACGAACGAUAACGGCGAGAGCUUUAUCUACGGAUACGUUCCCAUUGUGGUUGCGAAAUGUGGAGUGUUCUUAAAGGAGAAAGCGACCGACGUUGAAGGUAUUUUCCGCCUAAGCGGAUCCGCAAAGCGCAUUAAGGACCUCCAGGAGAUCUUCGAUUCACCCGAGCGCUAUGGAAAAGGCUUGGAUUGGACCGGUUACACCGUGCACGAUGCUGCCAACGUUCUUCGGCGCUACCUGAACCAGCUUCCCGAACCGAUCGUCCCGUUGGAUUUCUACGAACGAUUCCGCGAACCGCUGCGCACGUACCAGAGACAGGUCCAGGAACAGAUCCAGAACAAUGCUCCUCCCGCGGAAACAGAGGCCUUCGACCAUGCGAAAGCGGUCUCGGCUUACCAGCAGUUGAUCCGCGAGCUUCCCCCGCUGAACAAACAACUGCUGCUCUACAUUCUUGAUCUGUUGGCUGUCUUCGCCUCCAAAUCGGAUCAGAACCGCAUGACUUCGGCCAACCUGUCUGCUAUCUUCCAGCCGGGAUUGCUGUCGCAUCCGCAGCAUGACAUGUCGCCAGACGAAUACAAGCUGAGCCAGGAUGUGUUGAUCUUCCUGAUCGAAAACCAGGACCAUUUCUUGUUUGGCAUGAACGGCACGGCUGCCGAUGAGCAGACCGUCAAGGAAGUCGAAGGUGGUCUUGCCCGCCGACCCACCACCCAUUCCAACAUUCGACGCUCGGUGUCGAGUGCCAGUGGCGGUGCGGAGAGCUUCAGAAAGUAUGGGAGCAUUCGCCGGAAUGUGUCUGUCUCGUCGAAGAAUUCGCGCACUUCCAAUAAUGCGAGCCCUGCGACGCCGACAUCGUUGGGUGGUAUGGGAGUUCAUCGCAGCAACACCCUGCCCUCCAAGAUGUCCCCCGCGAUCCCUCCAUCACGAUACGGACGGGCAGUGGAAAACACGGGGAUGAACUCGUCGACACGCACUUCUGCGCAACACUCCCGAUCGUCUAGCCGCGCGCCACCGGAGGAUAAAUUUCAGCCCGAGAUCCCUCCGUCUAAUGGUCAGCCAAGCCAUGCCCAGAACAACAUUACCCCGACAAAUGCUUUCCCCAGUAAUGGUCAUCUCUCCAUAACAGAGGUGGUCGAGCCGGGAACCGGAAUCAUCUAUGUUCACUCAUCCACUCACGGGCCAGUACCAAAGACAGCCAUCGAGAAUGGAGUUCCUGAUGCUGGAAAGCCUGUUUCCGAAAAGCCCGUUGCAGAUAAGCUCAUGGUUGAACAGCCCGUUGCUGAUAAACCCGUUGUGCAACAGCCCGUCGCCCAAAAACCCGUUACCCAGACGCCCAUUGCUGAGCGGCUGAUGGCCGAAAGACCAAUUCCGGAACGACCCAUUGCGGAGGAAUCCAGUACCGAAAAGCCUGUCGUUGACAAGCCUCUCGGCGACAGGCCCGUUCUCCGAGAAGGGUUGCCACCAAUAGCAGCCUCACCUCCGCCGGCGGUCGUGACGCCGACGAGAGAACGCAAGUUGUCCAGUCUAUUCUCCAAAUCGCCGCCACCUAGUGGCGAGCACAAAGACGCGCGACAGCCGAACCGUCUGAAGAAGAAGCGGAUCCCUGGAAGCGCCAGCGAAAGCGCGCAAAGUUCGUCUCAGUCGCUGCAGGCUGCGACAUCCGACACCGGAUUGGCUGCGAUCCUGCAUGCGUCCCGAGGCGCUGACGUCAAUAAUGACGCCGGAGGGGCCACCCCCCGAGCCCUCAACACCACCAGUUCCGAGGAGUUGAGCCCCCCGCGGGAGGGCCGGCCAGAAAAGCAGGUAUUGCCAAGCGAGGGUGGACACCAGGCGGGCGACACCUCCCUGCGGCCAUAUGGCUCGCGGACUCCGUCCAUGAACUCUCGCUCCUCGUUUACGGACUACUCUGAUGCCGACCCUACGGAUGACACGUCGCGUGCCGACCGCAAGGAGCAUCGCCGCAGCUGGCGGUUUCCCCGGUCGUCCAAACGCAGCAGCGAGCACAUCGGACUGGGACUCGCAUCGCCCCCGCUCAUAGCCACCACGCCGGGAGCCGACCGCAGCACCAGCUCGAUCGGUAGCUGGCACCACUCCAGCCGGAGCUCUCCCUCGGACCUGCAGCAAUUUGCGAACGACCCGUCUUAUCAGCCCCUCAGUCUGGAUGCGGAGGUCAACAACGGGGCUUCUAAGGAAGCGUCGCUCGCGUCGGAGCCGGAGAAGCGGAGCCUGUUUGGCAAGUUCAAGGCCAAGGUUGCGCAGGUGCGGGACGGGGUCAAGGAGUCCACCGAGCGGGACCGCACCCGGAGUCCUGUGAAUUCGGAGGCCGACCGCUCGGGGUCCAGCCAUACGCUGUCGCCUUCUGGCAAGGAUAGUAUUAGAAACCGGCCCGCCCCGAUUGACGUGGUCAGCUAUCCGAAAGAGGGGCAGGUGAGCUCCCCAGUCUCCCCUCUUCCUGGGGCCGGACUACCUCCGGCGAUCCCUGAGGAACCACGCACGCCGGAGAGCCCGGUUGCGGUACCUGGUCUGGAGCCGAAGAAGGAGCCCGUGGCAGCUGUUCCAGCAGGAUCGCCUUCGCCAGUAGAGAGCGAAGGCGUUGACUGUGGACCGGGGCCUGCUGUACCUUCAUAG